GAAACUAGGUUAGCAAUAACCUACACAACAACCGCCAAAACAACGACGCGCUUCCUGGCACGCCAGCGCGCGAAAUUCGAAAUGAGCACGUUCGGCGGCACGCUCGCCGAAAUCCCCGGAAUCAGCGUCGACAGGUUUGAUGGGGCCAAUUUGGACUCGGAGGCCUUUUUUUUGUCCCAUUGCCACACGGACCACAUGAAAGGGCUCGAAGCGCCGGAGUUUCACGAGAAACUGGCACAAAAUCGGCGCUUUUUGUACCUUUCGCACGUUUCGGCCGAAAUCGUCCGCCGCAUGUUUCCAAAAAUCGGCGAUAAUUUGAUCGAGUUGGACAUGCGGUCCCCCACCAGCGUUUUUCUGCAAAGUGGGGCCAUUUCGGUGACCCCCAUCCCAGCGGGGCACUGCCCCGGCUCGAUCAUGUUCCUGUUCGAGGCCCAAGUCAAUGUCUUGUACACCGGGGAUUACAGGAUUAACCCGCGCGAUAUCCCAAAAUUUACGGCUUUUUACGACUCUUUGAACGCAAAAAAACGGAUAGAAGCGGUUUAUUUGGACACGACUUUUUUCCUAAAAUCGUACGCCAAGUUCCCGCCACGUGCCGAAAGCCUGGAGGAGAUUUGCUCCAUAAUUUCGGACUGGAUUUCCAGGAGCGACAAACACGUCAUAGGCCUGGACACCUCGGCCAAGUACGGCUAUGAGUACCUUUUCAUCGAGAUUUACAAACAAAUAAAAAUGCCGAUUCACGUCAAUGACGAAAUUUACGAAUUCUACAGCCGGGUCCCGGAAAUGGAUCGCGCGGUGACGCGGUCGAAAGACACCAGAAUUCACAGCGCCUGUGGGACCACAUACCGGACGGUGUGCCCCAAUACUGUGCACUACAACGUCAAAGUUGUCAAAGUCUCGGCGUUUCGCUGGAAAAGCGAGAGUUUGCAGAACGGGAUUUCCGAAAAAACGCACAAUACGCAUUUUGUCUGCUACUCGACUCAUGCCUCGUUUGAGGAGGGAGUGGAGUUGGUGAAGUUUCUCGAGCCGAGGAAAGUUGAAGCUAACGUUUUGCAUCGCGAAACGGCCGAGGAGAUUUUGAGGAAUAUUAGGGAAUGUCUGGGCGAAGAGGGGCCCAAGACGAAGAAAGUUAAGCUGUUUGAGGCCGAUGAGGAGGAGCGAGUUCGCGAGGUGGGGGAGAGGGGGUUUGGGGAACUGAGCUCUAUCCUGGACUCGCCCCCCAGAAAGUACACGUGAUAAUUUGAGAAACUUUUUCCUUAUACUUUUUUGUAUCUUCAACCGUAUUUACAAAUUGGUAAAGUCAAAAAGUUAAAAAACAGGAAGCUAUUGUUGGAUUGUUACGGAUUCUAGAUUACUGUUACGUGAUCACUAUUUUCUAGGACAAUGCCAUCACAGGCUGAUUCAUUGCUUUUUGUUAGUUAAUCUGUUACCUAAUUAAUGUAAUUCCCUUUGUCUGCACCCCUGCAACAACUAGCUAAGCUGAUUAUGGCAAAUUAUCGACAGAACUUUAUAAUUUAUUCAAUAAAUCAACCAGUUUAUUUAUUGGACAUGUUGCAAAAAAUGUUAAUCCGCUUUGGUUAGUUUUUUAAAUGAGCACAUUGUAUACUGUUUGUAAAGUUAGACUUGUAAAUUUUACUAACUUAGAGA